CAGUCGUCCCGGCCACCAUUUCAAGUCGCGGCAGGGACGGGAGAGGGCCCGGGACUUCACUUCCCGGCAGGCAGUGCGGCCUAAGGGGGCGGAACUCCAUUUCCCAACAGGCUCCAGGCGGCGGGCGCCGUGGUGCCUUGUGUGGGAUGCCGAGGCCCGCCGCCAUGGGGCUGAAGGCCGCCCAGAAGACGCUGUUCCCGCUGCGCUCCAUCGACGACGUGGUGCGCCUGUUCGCUGCCGAGCUGGGCCGAGAGGAACCGGACCUGGUGCUCCUGUCCUUGGUACUGGGCUUCGUGGAGCAUUUCCUAGCUGUCAACCGCGUCAUCCCCACCAAUGUGCCCGAGCUCACCUUCCAGCCCAGCCCCGCGCCCGACCCACCUGGCGGGCUUACCUACUUCCCCGUGGCCGACCUAUCCAUCAUCGCUGCGCUGUACGCCCGCUUCACCGCCCAGAUCCGUGGCGCCGUAGACCUGUCUCUCUACCCGCGAGAGGGGGGUGUCUCCAGCCGAGAGCUGGUAAAGAAGGUCUCCGAUGUCAUCUGGAACAGCCUCAGCCGCUCCUACUUCAAGGAUCGGGCCCACAUUCAAUCCCUCUUCAGCUUCAUCACAGGCACUAAACUGGACAGCUCUGGUGUGGCCUUUGCCGUGGUGGGGGCCUGCCAGGCUCUGGGUCUCCGGGAUGUCCACCUGGCCCUGUCUGAGGACCACGCCUGGGUAGUGUUUGGGCCCAACGGAGAACAGACAGCUGAGGUCACUUGGCAUGGCAAGGGCAAUGAAGAUCGCAGGGGCCAGACAGUCAACGCGGGUGUGGCUGAGCGGAGCUGGCUGUACCUGAAAGGCUCAUACAUGCGCUGUGACCGAAAGAUGGAGGUGGCGUUUAUGGUGUGUGCCAUCAACCCUUCCAUUGACCUGCACACCGACUCCCUGGAGCUGCUGCAGCUGCAACAGAAGCUGCUGUGGCUGCUCUACGACCUGGGACAUCUGGAAAGGUACCCCAUGGCCCUGGGGAACCUGGCAGAUCUGGAGGAACUGGAGCCCACCCCUGGCCGGCCAGAUCCACUCACCCUCUACCACAAGGGCAUUGCCUCAGCCAAGACCUACUACCGGGAUGAGCACAUCUACCCCUACAUGUACCUGGCUGGCUACCACUGUCGCAACCGCAAUGUGCGCGAAGCCCUGCAGGCCUGGGCUGACACGGCCACUGUCAUCCAGGAGUGAGGAUCCCCCUGCUAGGGCCUCAGGCCGGACUUUCUUCCCCUUCUACCUAAUUUCCAACCACCUUCCUCCAGGCGUGAGGCCUGGGUCCCCAGCCCUAUCCCCUUUCCAUCUGGUCCCUAGGCAGCCAAGGCCACCAGCACCCAGGAGGUUGGGACCCCUGAUGAGGGCCUCACACCUUUCCCUGGCUCCACUGGUCUCCCAGUUUCAGUCCCCGACAUUCAGCAGCACCCCCCUGCACCCACCCCACCCCAUGCCCCCCCCCACUCUUGCUCCAACCCAUCAUUUCCAAGUGAAGACCCCAACGGCUCACCAGGUCCCUGGGGGUCC